AUGGCUAGGGACGAAGAUCUUUCCCGUAGGCCCAAUCCCAAGGGCUGGACGCCCCCUGCGGCCCCCUACAACCCAUAUGAUCCUUCAGAUGUACGGCCCCCAGAAGGAUACCCCUCGGAAUUCAAGGUCCCUGGUAGCCAACCCACCGGGUUCUCAUCGGUUCCCAAAAGCCCCACACAAUAUAGGAAAGUCAAUGAGACCAUGAAGCGGUUGAGCUACACUCCCAGGCCGCUUUCGGAGCUAUAUCCUGGCCAGUACAAGGUUUUGAGACGAGUCGAUGCCAAUCGUAGAUUGAAUAUUGGUACUAGAUGGUUUGGGACUUUUCUCGCAACUUCCAUAGUAUUGUACGGAGCAUUUUUUUACCGGUGGAACGAUGGUAGGGAGAAUGUUCUCUCUGAUUUCUACAGAGCCAGGUUGCUGUUGAAGGAGCGGUUCACAACCUUGACAGACGAAGAAUACGACGACUUGUACCACCCCAAGGGCAGUGGAAUCGUGGUGAAAAAUGUGCGUGAUACGGAUUACAUUCCUGAGUCAGUGAGGAAAACCCAAGAGGGCAAAUAUGCUUUGAACCGACCCUCAGAGAGACACGUGUUGGAAGCGCAAAGAAUUCAGCAACAGCAGGAGGAACAAAUGCUUCGAGAAAUGGAAACCCACAAGCAAUACUUGGCGGACAUCAUGGCGGAAGAACAGCCGCAGAAGAAAAAGUGGUGGUUGUUUUGA